UAAAACUGAGAUGGAAACAUUCUUCUUUUAGCCAAAGUUGCAGGAAUUUAUGGAACAUUGCUGUCGAAAACGUCUGUAUUUUUUUGAAAUAAAAAAGUGCGGAAGUAGUGAAUGUGACAUAUGUAGGCCAAUUAGAAGUGAUAUAAAUGUUUUUAAGGAACUAAAAGGUCUACCUGAUCCCAUUCCUGGACCCGAUGAUCACUAUAUUUCAUUUUUAGAGGCGUAUGAAAAGGAAACAACAGAGGAAUAUUGUCCUUCUUUACGAAAUAGGAAACCUAGAAAUAAAUCAAAAGAUGUAGAAAAAAAAGGAGGAAAUGGCAUGGACUUUAGUCCAACUGCUCAAUAUGGAAAAAAUGUAAGAACAAUUGUAAAAUGUGUAGAGUGUAACAAACCUCGUGUAUUAUAUGCUCGUCAUAAAAUAUCAGAGGAAGAAUUUCGCCUACUUCAAUCUUUCCUGGAAUCAAUAGAAUAUACCUGUGGUGUUACAUUUAAAGGCCUUUCUGAGUUGAGUUCUUCUAAAAGUAGGAAAGAAAGUGAUAUAGACGUUAAUGAUGAUGAUGAAAAAGAAAAUAAUAAUGGAGAUAUAGAUGUUAAUGAAGAUAGUGAAAAAGAAAAUAAUAAUGGAGAUGAUCCUAUAGCUGAAUUAUUCAAAAUAGUACAAAUCAACAAAAAACAUACUUGUACUUCAGCUAUUGAGAAACCAUACUUUGUAGCCGGAAUUUUUCCUCAAAUUUGUAACAUAUGUGGUAUAUCAGAGGAUUUAAUACAGGUAGAAAAUGAGUUACCAUAUUGCAAAGAAUGUCAUGUCUCGGCUGGAGAAAAAAGAAAAAUAGGAAAAAGGAAGUACUUUGACGGUGGUAAUAAAAAUAGUAGGAAAAAGCGUAAAAUAGGAAAUUAAAGUAUAGUUGUCUAUCAGUGUAUUUAAUAAUAUGCAAGGCGAGUAUUUUAGAUAUUGAGAAGGUAUUCUUUGAGUUAUCAAGUGAAAAGGAGAGAACGCGUUUUCCGUUUUGCAUCAUGAAUUUGGUUAAUUACAUGCGUGUAUGCGUGUAUCUUACUGGUACCUUUAUGUAAAUGCUAUAAUGUAUUGAGCAAUACAAAACGUGCUGGUAUAGGAUUUACAGUCACGUGAUUAAAAUUAACAUAUAAAAUAAAAUUUAUGAUUUGAGCCGAAAUUAAGAUCGGCGAUUACGAGAACCAUUUUUUUU